AAGUCUUUCAGACAUGCAUUUGCCCCUCAGGUGUUAAAACGUUGCCUUGAGCUUUGGCCACGUAUCACACGUGCGGUCCAAGGGGCAGCCACGUGUCCGAUGGGAACGGAAGGUGGGGUGGCAGUGAAGGGUAGGAACAGUGGCCCGGCCAGGCACCGAUAACGCAAUCUGCAGUGCACCUGCUGUUUUGUCUUCCCCGGCUACCGUGAAUGAAAGGAACCUCGUUCUGCUUCGUGACCAAGGUGGAUAGUCUCUAUUUAGAAUGGCGGCACCUACCACCUACGUUCUGCUCGCACUGGCGUUCCUGGCUCGUACAGUGAUGUCCAAUAAAACAUCAAGGUCCUUCGUGAUCGACUACACGAACAACCAGUACCUCAAGGAUGGCAAGCCGAUACAGAUAGUGGCGGGCGCUAUCCACUACUUCCGUAAUCUGCACCAGCAGUGGGGCGACAGGUUGGCAACUAUGAGAACUGCGGGCCUUAACGCGAUACAAACGUACGUUGAGUGGAGCAGUCACGAACCCGAGGAAGGCCACUUCGACUUCGAGGGGCAGCAGGACCUCGUGCGUUUCUUGAAGUUGGCCCAGGACCACGGUUUCCUGGUUCUGCUCAGGAUCGGUCCGUACAUUUGCGCCGAAAGGGACAUGGGCGGACUGCCAUACUGGUUACUGUCAAGGAAUUCUUCCAUCGGUCUUCGUACAAGCGACAAACAGUACCUUGGAGCCGUCGAGAAGUACUUCUCUAAACUUCUUCCAAUGCUACACCCACUUCUAUACGCCAACGGAGGACCUAUUAUUGCAGUCCAGGUUGAGAACGAAUACGGGAGCUAUGGCGCGUGCGACUUUUCCUACACGGCGUGGUUACGGGACCUGGUGCGGCUUCACCUGGGCUACAACGUCAUCCUCUACACCGCUGACGGCCCCGCUGAUGAUCUUCUCAUGUGCGGCAAAAUUGACGGAGCCCACGCCACCAUCAACUUUGGUGUAGAGGCAGAUGUGGAAGAUGCGUUCAAGGCCCAACGUCGACACCAAGAGCGGGGACCGCUGGUGGAUUCUGAGUUCUACACCGGCUGGCUUGACCACUGGGCGGAGUGGCACAGUAUGACCAACACUAGCGAUGUGGUGCGUCAAUUGAACAAGACGCUCAGCAUGAACGCUUCUGUUGUCAUGUACAUGUUUCACGGUGGAACAUCUUUCGGCUACAAGUCUGGCGCUAACACGGACAAUGGCAGGUUCUUACCGUGUCCGACAAGUUACGACUACGACGCGCCCAUGACAGAAGCCGGUGACCCGACGGAAAAGUUCGUAGCCAUCCGAAAUAUCAUCUCUAAGUACCUUCCAGUGCCAACCACUUCAGUGCCGAAGCCCAAACAGAAGAUGGCGCUCGGAAAGAUAUGGCUAAAGAAGCUAUACGGCUUGGCGGACAUUAGACGCCUCUUUGCCAAUGCCACGAUAUCGUCGAAACUUCCUCUGUCAUUCGAGCAACUAAGGCAGAGUCAAGCCGUGGUACUGUACGACACUGAGGUGAAGUUCCGUCCCAGGAACCCUGCUGUGCUUAGCGUGCCAGGCCUCAGAGACCGAGGAUAUGUCUACGUAAACGACGUUUACCGGGGUUUAAUUUCGCGCAUGGACGAUGUGUACGAUGUUAUGAUUCCGGUGAAAGAAGGUCAAAGGCUGACGGUAGUCGUAGAAAGCCAAGGAAGGAUUGGCUACGGAUUUCUCAACGACACGAAGGGCAUCAUUUCGAACGUGACCCUAUCUGGAGUGAAUCUGACCGACUGGCAAAUGACGUCCAUCGACGAGAGAGGACAUCUUGACAGAAAUCACCUUCCGAUCGAAAGCGCACACUCUUCGAAGGCGAACAUGCCUACCGGCUGCAUUGGCGCAUCUACCAAUGGACUGGCAAUCUACGAGGCCAGUUUUCCGUUACGGGUGUCCCCUCCUAGAGACACGUUCAUCAGGCUCGACCAUUGGAAGAAGGGUGCUGUCUUCCUUAACGGCUUCAAUCUUGGUCGCUACUGGACACCCAUGGGACCGCAGCAGACGUUGUACGUGCCGGCAGUGCUCUUCAAAACUCACAAUGUGCUUCACGUCAUGGAACUUGAGAAGGCGCCGUGUGGGAUUGGAUCCCGCGGCUGCUUCGUGAAGUUCGUUGAUACCCCCGACAUCAACGGCACCGUCCCAUAUUCGUGAAAUCAAUAAAGCACUGAGGCAACCAAA